UGCUUAUCUGUCUUUCCUUCUUUUCCCCAAAUUUAUCCUUCUUUUUUCAUCAUCAUCUUCUUACUAAAAAAACCAAUAUAUAUAAGAAAAUACUUUUUUUUUAUGCAUAUAGAAACAGAAAAAAUAUAUAUAUAAUUACACACACACACACACACACUAAGCCCUAGAUCAAAAAGGAAGAAACCACCAACAAGACAGGGACACGCACCUCCUCCUGGAUACUUUAGACGGUUGGGGAAACCAAGGGCUCACGACGAUCUAAUAUUGAGGAAGAGAGAUAGGAUGCGGAAGUGGUUGUGUUGCUCUUGUCAAGUUGAAGAGUCUUACCCCUCAAACGAAAAUGGAUUUGUAAAAAAUCACAGUGAUCAUGCUGAUGGGCAGCAUAAGGACAAAAUACCACCUCCUGUUAAAUUUGAUGCGCAAAAAGCAGCGCCAACAAUCGAUAUGCCUGCACUUUCACUUGAUGAACUGAAAGAAAAAACUGAGAAUUUUGGAUCAAAGGCAUUGAUUGGUGAAGGUUCAUAUGGAAGGGUUUAUUUUGCGAAUUUAAAUAAUGGAAAAAGUGUGGCUGUGAAAAAGCUUGAUGUUUCUACCGAGGCUGAAUCAAAUAACGAGUUUCUGACUCAGGUUGCCAUGGUUUCAACGCUGAAGCACGACAAUCUUGUUGAGCUCUGUGGUUACUGUGUCGAAGGAAAUACCCGUGUUCUAGCUUAUGAAUUUGCAACCAUGGGAUCUCUACAUGACAUAUUGCACGGCAGGAAGGGUGUGCAAGGAGCACAACCGGGCCCUGUGCUUGAUUGGAUGCAGCGAGUAAGGAUUGCUGUUGAUGCAGCAAAGGGAUUGGAUUAUUUGCACGAGAAGGUCCAACCAUCGAUAAUUCACAGAGAUAUUAGGUCUAGCAAUGUGCUCCUAUUUGAAGAUUUGAGAGCCAAGAUUGCCGAUUUUAACCUCUCAAAUCAAGCACCUGACAUGGCUGCUCGCUUGCAUUCUACUCGUGUAUUGGGAACUUUUGGCUAUCAUGCACCAGAAUAUGCAAUGACUGGACAGCUGACACAAAAAAGUGACGUUUAUAGCUUUGGCGUUGUUCUGCUUGAGCUAUUAACUGGUCGAAAACCUGUUGAUCAUACUAUGCCACGAGGACAGCAGAGUCUUGUGACCUGGGCUACACCAAGGCUAAGUGAAGACAAGGUUAAACAAUGUGUCGAUCCAAGGCUCAAGGGAGAAUAUCCGCCAAAAGCAGUUGCAAAGCUGGCGGCUGUGGCAGCUCUAUGUGUGCAGUAUGAGGCCGAGUUUAGGCCUAAUAUGAGCAUUGUUGUGAAGGCCCUUCAACCACUUUUGAGGGCUCCUGCACCAGCAGCUCCAGAAGUGUAAUGUGAAAAAGUGAAGAAAGGAGUUUAUGUGAUUGUUGGUUGCAUCUGCAGCUGCAUUGUGACUGUAGAUUUUGGUUUGAAGCAUAUAUAGGUGUUUAUCUUUGCAUUUAUUAUAUUUUUUUGGUUUGAGAACAUUAACCUGAACAUGUGUUUAGAUUGGCUUGUUACAUUUCUUUGGUUUGUUAAAGAUUUAUUCAAAUAAUAGAAACCUGGUUUUUUAUGGAAA